AUGAAUUCGAUUAUCGUGGACCGCGAGGACGCGCAGCGGCAGUACCUGGAGCAGCGGGUGGUGCAGGCGGCGGUGGCGGAGGUGUACAGUGAGGAGAGCGCGGAGGGCGCCCAUGCCCCGCACGCGCACAACGCGGUACUGGCAUACCUGAGCAGCACGCUCGACCCCACGCUCGCCGUGCCCCCCGCCUCGCCCACCACGCCCCUCGCUGCACCCGCGCGCGGCGCCCCCUCACACCCGCUCUCGCACGCCCAGCCAGCAGGGCUGGCAGGGCGGUUGGAGCAAUCGCGGCAGCACCUGCUGGGAGUGGAGCCGGGGUGCCUGCAGCGUUUUGCUGCCACGGCUGCUGCGAACAAGGCGUGCCAGACGAGGCUGCAGCAGCGCGUCAUCGAUGCAGUGGCGUCGUCUGCAGCCAACAUCAGGACCUUCAUUCAGUUGAGCCUCGGGGACGAUGCCUCCAACACUGACACUGACGCUGUCACGCGAGUGCGGGAGGAGGUGCGGAGGGUGCGGGAGAGGGAGGCUGCCAUCACGCGCCUGCUGCUGGCCACAGUCUACACACGAGCCACCCUGGCGCAGGAGCACGUGAGGGUGACAAACGACCUUCUUGCCGUGCUGCAGCUCAAGACACUCCAGCAGCACCCGCUGGAUGGGAGGCAGUGUAAGCUGCUGGAGGCAAGCGCUGCCCUGCUGCAGUGCAAGGAAGAUGCGGUGGAGCAGCAGAUCCGAGCGGCCACGUACACGAGAGACACCGUGCUGGCACUGCAGCACACCAGGAAGCACCUGUUGGCACGCAAGGCUGAAGUCAGCUUGGCACGAGAUCAAGCACGGGUGCGCCUGGAGCAGCUCACCUCCAACCCCGAAAUCCUUGCUGUUGCACGUGAAUACAAUCGAACCAAGGAG